AUGGGACCAGCAGGGGAAAUCAUUGGUGGAUGGGAAGCCAAGCCUCACUCCAGACCAUACAUGGCCUUUGUGAAGAUAAGUGGAGGGCCAGGACAGUCUUUCACAUGUGGAAGGUUCCUGGUAGCUAAAAUAACAAGGGCCGUGAAGCUCAUCCGUCUGCCCCAAGCUGAGGAUGUAAUGAAACCAGGCACCACAUGCAGUGUGGCCGGCUGGGGAUUGACUGGAGUACACAGGUCCCAGAAAACCAAGGUGCUCCGAGAGGUGGAGUUGCAGAUGGCCAACAAGUAG